AUGGCUCCUCAGCUCUAUACACGUGCUUUCAAUAUCUCCCCAGUAGAGAAUGGGAGGUUGUGCAUCAAUGGAACACCGUGGAUUUGGCAGCUCCUGGAAGAAUGUGUGGAGAAUGUGGGGGAGUAUUGGAGCCUUGUCACAGGCCUGGUGUCCAUUGUCUGCUUUCUGUUUGCUGCACUCCCUCAAAUUUACCUUGCCUGUCAGAAUGGAAGAGUGGACCAAGCUGUGUCUCUGGGCUUCCUGCUGUGCUGGAUAGCUGGGGAUCUUACCAAUUUCAUAGGCUGCUAUUUAACACAUCAACUGCCCAUCCAGAUUGCCACUGCCAUUUUUUAUGUUAACAUGGAUAUAAUUAUGAUUUCCCAAUUUGUCUACUACAAGCUCAAGAAUCAGAAGAUGACAAAAUGCAGCAAAAGCCUGAGGAGUUUCUGUGUCACCUGGAUCACGGUGUGCACAGCACUGUGUGUCAUUUUACUCUGUCAGCUGGUCCCAAGGAACCAGGCCCAGAGCACGGGCAUCAGGAGGAGUAAUAGCUCUCUGGAUAUGAUUGAAAUGUCAGGCUUCAUUUGUGGCUAUAUAUCCUGUGUCUUCUACUUGGGAAGUAGAUUUCCUCAGCUGUAUAAAAAUUUCCAAAGAAGAUCAACUGAAGGCACCUCCUACCUGCUCUUUGCCUUGGUCAUGAUGGGGAACUGCACCUAUGGGCUGAGCCUGGUCUUCAAGAUGCCAGAUGCCAAACCCCUCCGAGCCCUCUACUUGUUACACCACCUUCCAUGGCUCAUUGGGAGCUUUGGAGUUUUGUUCUUAGACAUUUUUGUGACUGUGCAGUUCCUGCUGUACCAGCAGCAGAAGGAGAGAGAAGCCGGGUUGGUGGCCCUGGAAGUGGAACCACUGCUGGUGAGCGAGGAGGAGCCUGGCUAG